AUGCACUUCCGUUGACAGAAAGAGUGAGUCAAACCUCAAUGGAGACAGACGUUCUUUCGACACGUCUUUUCCAUCUGGCAUUCUUCUUGCAUCGAUAUCAUUCCCUCGGCACAUUGGUCUCUUGCAAGAAGAGCGAUACAUACGGCAACACAAAAGUCAAGACAACCAAAUAUCCUAGCCCGCCAUGGCGUCUGCAAACGACCGCCCGAGGGCGCAGCUCUACGUCUUCGACGGCUCCGUCUGGGCCAGCGUCCCUCGCAUCGGGCUCGUCGAGAAGGGCUACUCCCCGAGUGACCUGGACAUCAAGCAGGUUAACCUGCUCAAAGGCGAAAACUUUGCGCCGUCGUACCUCCGCCUCAACCCUAACGGCACCGUCCCCACGCUCGUCGUGCCCACGUCGGACACCACCAGCGAAGAGGUCGCGACCAAGUUCCGCGCGAUCACCGACAGCAAGCAAAUCCUCGCUUUCCUUGACGAGUCAAGAUCGCAACAUAUCCUCGAGGCCAAGGGACAGGGAAAGGACGCGGCAGCCCCCGUCCUUUCACCAGCGACGAUUGAAGGCAAGGCACUGAGCGAUUCACUCAUUGCACUGGUACACGGCAGCGACUUGGACCCCAACUUUUUGCUGCUCUCCGCAAGGACACUGGAGGAGGUCAAGCCACUGAAGGAAGGCAUAGCGGGAGUCUUUGUGAACGGGCAAGUCGCAGCGCUGAAACGCUACCAGGCACAGGUGCAAGCCGACUCGAAUCAGACGUCGAACCCGGACGCGAACCCGCGCUCCGCGGCGCACAACGAGCAGUUGCUCAAGUGGUACACGGACAAGCUGCACGCCUUGUCACCCGCGUACCACGUCUACGGCCCGGAGUCGACCCAGCAAGCGACGCAGCUGUUCAUCCAACUCUCGCGUAGCCGCUGGCAGAAACUUGGCGCUGCACUCGCGCAGCUCGAGAGGCAGAUUCGUGGGCCAUACGCCCUUGGGGACCAAGUCAGCCUGGCGGACGCGCACCUCAUGGCGUGGUUCGCGAGGGUGAUCGCCGUGUGCGAGAGCAAAGAAAGCGCAAAAGACCUCGACGCGCUCGAAAAGGCGCUGCAGCACGAGGCCGUUGCCGGCGAAGGCCGCAGCAUGCUUGGGCCAAAGGUCCGUGCAUACUGGCAGGCGCUGAAAUCUCGACCUAGCUUCCAGGCUGUUUACAAGGAUGGACUGCAUUGAAAAGCUAUAACUGAAGCGGUUGCUGCCGCUGCCGCUGUCAUCUCUCUCAUUCACUUUUGCGGGAUACACUACGAAGACAUGGUGUCGCAAGUCGGAUACAUAUCCCUGAAACACGCACUCUCACGUCCAACCUUCGACAGGAUGCGGGCGGGUCUGAGGCUGAUUGCGUCCAGAGGCCAUGAUCGGUGCUGGGCGACUCUACUUGCAUCUAUGCCACGACGACUGUGCAGUGCUGUCAAUCUUCUUAAAAUUGUAUGACCGGUACAAAUACAUGAGGGAGUCUCGUGAGAU